AUGGAAGAUCUCUCUCAUCUCUGGGAACGUCAGAUUACUGCUUUGAGGGAUAGCUUCUCGGCAGACAGCAGUGUAGGGGCGCCGACGUCCGGGUCUCCAAGCCUCCAACGCGGUGAUGGGGGCAGAGAUUAUGACACCCAUGAGUCUGAGCAUGGAUGGGACGACAAGAUCAACUCGGUAGUCGAUGCUCUAGACGAGUUGGCUCUACAAUCGCCUACCGGAAAGACCAACACUACCGCCACUCAAAGUCCCCGGACACCUUGGUUUCCGAAUGGGGAUGCUUAUACCGAGACGGUGCCUCUGAGGUCAAGUAAGAUUCAAGCUCUGCCUGUUCUUCCAUGGCCGACAGAUCCGCCUACUCCAUCCCCAUCACUAUGGCCACCUCAACAAAAUCAGAAAGAUCAUCAGGAGCAGUUGCUGUGCCCACAUUACACCGCCCGCCAGCUUCCCUUGUCCCCAUCUACACUGUCAAGCCGAACAGCAGUCCCAGGCUCCACGAUGGUGACGCCAGCAACCACGCUUCACUCACCACUGCCGUUCAUCCAAUCAGUCCCACCCUCAUCUGUAUCAGCCCUCUGUCUAUCCUGGGCACCGCCGCUGGCUCGCCCUGGACCUGACGGCCAGCUUUUCAGCCCCAGCCUACCGACGAAUACUGAAGCCGUCAGGACAUGUUUCAAAAAGAGAGGCUGGAGGGUGCAAUGUCGGCUGAUUCCUAACGACUAUAGCACAUCAGCGGUCGAGACGGUGGUUGAUAAGUUUCUUGCCCAGAGCCAGAACCAGACAGUUCAACACGAAAAGAGAAAUAGAUCUCGGAGUGAAGUUACGUCAAGGGGUGGAGAGCUGUUGAUUGUAUAUUAUCACGGGUUUGGAGCCACAGAAGAGGAUGGGAGGCUGAGGUUGAGCAGUGACGAAGGAAGCCAUUUUUACUGGGAUGAUGUGCGCGACCCAAUCAUGCAACAUCCAGGGGAUGUUCUUCUCAUAUUCGACUGCACGGCCCCUUUCCCACUGUCGUCCUCCAAGAGUAAUCGAUCACAACAAUCUCAUACUGGGGAGGAAGCCAAACCCCCUCAAGAAAUCAGGCUUUUUAUGGGCCCUGGUGUGCUCUCUAGAAAGGGAACGAAACAGGUGCUCGGCGUGUGUGUCCCUUCUUCGUUGGCUUCGGGAAGAUCAGGAUUUGGAGCAGAGCCAUUGAAUAUCUGGUUCAAAUUGUCAAAAGAAAAGCAAAAACCAGAAAUGGCCGAGAAGCCUCGUGCACGGCCAAGGUCACUUUUGUUGCCCGGAUUUGAUCUGAACGAUCUGGAACCCUCAGAUUCGGCUGAGCCUCAAGGUGACCAAGGAGCAGCACAGCCAGAGCUCGAACAGACGAGUUCCCCGUGGAAGCUCGACGACACCAUGACAAAAGCGCUCUGCAGAAUCCUGGACAGAGAUCGAAACCGAGUGAAGACGGAGGUGGGGAUGAACGAGAUAUUGUCUGUGCAACGGUUAUGCAGUCUUGUUAGGGAAGAUAUACGACAGACAUCAACUCUACCAUCGACCAUAGGAUCGGAGCAAAGAGAAGCGAUAAGGGAAGUGGAGAGGGGGCUGGCAGGAAGGGUAUUUGUCACACAACUUGGUGGGGGACAGAUACAGGACAUUUACCUGCCUUGUCUUGGUGCUUGA